UCCUCGCUGUGCUGUUGGACAGUGUUCCUCACAGAGGCUCUCUGAUUAGCUCUCACCCGUGUCAAUAAUCUGCGCGCUGUGGGCGAGGACGAGGCUAAAGUUCGUCCCAGUUUACCAGCUUUCAAGGAAACGGGCUUCUCACGCAAACCAAUUACUGCACCCACGUAACACACGGCUUGUGUCUGUCCUCGCGGGUUGGGGACAUGGGACAAACUGAAGUCCGCUCAAAGUGUCCACACCCCGCGGACACGUAAAGCACUCAAAGACGGAGAUAAAUGAGCAAAUUCUUGUCUGAAACGGUCAAAAUCACCCGUCCUUAGCGCUUUCCCGCCUCCUUCAACACAAAGAUUGUUUACUGAUAAGCUGUGUCACUACACAGCAGAACAAAAUGGCCUGUUAUAACAUCGCCAUCCAUUUCGAUUUAUAGCUUUGUUUUUGUUUCAGUAAAUAAAGUCAGAGGGAGACCUCCCCCGUCUUCCCAUAAUUAUUAGCUAAAAGGUUGUUAGCUAACACUUUGAAAUAUUACAUUUAAUAAAUCGUCAAUUUAUUGAGAUACUUCUCAUAAAACCGGGAUUUAUCUGUGUAAAUAACGCCGCUAACAGUUUAGUGAGUAAGUGUACAUGUGUGUGUAAAUGUGCGUUUAAAUGUAAAAUACAGGCUUAAAUGUAAGAUUUGAUGAAAGCUAACUAGUACUCUACUACUACUACUACUCAAAGAGGUGAGUGACAUUUAACUCUUCAGCUCGUUAGUGUUUGUUUCACUCGUUAUUUGUAAUGAUUUUAUUUAUUCUUUUCCCUUUUAAAAUGAGACAAAAACCGUUCACAACAUGUUACCACAGCCAAAAAGAUUAUUUGUUAAAAUGCUCAUAAACCUAGAAAAUGUCGAUGUAGCAUCAGGAGAAUUUAGUUCAUCGACUUGUUUUAUGUGUAUUUUUUAAUUUUACACUAAAAAAAAAAAAAUAAUUAUGUAAACACACAAUAUUUGGAAAGAUCUUGAAAUAUGGCAUAAACGUUUUUUAACGCUUGAGGGAGGAAGAACAAUGUCCAGAAGUUUCCGACAUUUUCCAAAAAGGUGGAGCCAAGUUCAUUAGUCGUGGUAAUUGUUGUAGGAAUUUCAGAAUCGUUCUCACAACUUUUACAUGUACACUUGUAUUGUGUUCAGAACACGAAUUGCACAAAGACACCGUAGAUCAGUGUUUCCCAAACACUGGGUUGGGUCUUUCAAAUGGCUCAUGGGAGAUUUUUUUUUUGAAAAAAUGCAAAAAAAUUUGCAUUCUGAUAAAAGGAAAGGUGAAUAAGUGGAAGUUUCCGACAUUUUCAUUAAUCGUCCUAAUGUUAGUCGUAGGAAUCCCAGAAUUGUUAAAAUAUUACUUGGCAAUUGUGGUUCAAUUUAGCCGCUGGCUAUUUUUCACUGUUUUCCUUGCGUUACUAGCAGAGUUUCAUGAAGACACCACAAAUCAGUGUUCCUCAAACACUGGGUCGGGGCCCUCAAAUGUGUCAUGGUAGAUUUUUUUUGGGUCCCCAAAUAAAUAAGCAAAUUUUUCCCUAUAACUUCUAUCUCAGAGUUACAUGUUUACGUGUACACUUACAUGUACACAAAAAAACAUAAUCUUUUACCAUUUUAGAGUGACGUUAUCUGUUAGAGAUGUGUCUGUGAAUUACUGUGAACACUACCUUGCUUAAGGACGUUUAGAAAAGAAAAUGAUGAAGAAAAAAUUGCCAUCAAAUUUUCCUGUAACAAAAAAAUGCGACCAUUUGCAGCUUUUUGUGUCUGUUUGCGAUCUUUUCUCAGACAGAAUGGUGUCGUUCAUGUGGACUUUAAGCAUUAAAGUCAACUUGUGAAUGUGUAUUAUAUCAAAUGUUGCUUUAAAUAAAUAUUUUCAGAUCUUGAAAUGUGUUUGACUGACCUUUAAAAGUAAAAUGUGUUGAUCAUUUUUCAUGUUUGUAUCUUAUAUUUUAUUGAGUAGUGUAGUACUGUAGUACUGUACUGUAUUUGUUCAUGUGUUCAUGUGUUCAUGUGUGUAGGAUGAGUGGAGGAGUGGAGACGUCGUUGUUCUUCUUGUCUCUUCCAGACCUGAAGAAGCUGCUCAGUGUCUCUCUGAGUCUUCAGAAGGACGAGGACGAACCAAGGAGCAGACAGCUGAAGAUCUGCAGGGACCUGGUACUACUGUACUCUGAUGUCCUGGUCUCUCCUGCUCUGGAUUCCUUCACUGACAUCACGGUGGUCAUGGCUAUCCCCUUUUUCCAGAAAGGCAUCCUCCAGGCGUUUGGACAGAGACACCGUCUGCAGGUGGGCUGUCCUCAGCGUGUGUCUCCAGGUGUCCUCCAGUGUUUUCUGUCCUACUCUCUGAUCACCAGACUGACUCCACACUGGAACAAAGCAGGACGUUACCUCAUCUCUGGUAAAGACUUCCUGACCCAUAGCGGGCGUCUGAACGCUGUCAGCAUGGAGCUGACCACCACUGAUGGUCACCUGUGCCUCAACAUUGAAACCAACACAGUGCGACUUCCUCCGACGACACUCCAGGACUUUGACCUCUCUCCCUCACUGCUCAGGAGGUUCUGGUCUGACCCUGACUUUGUCCUUGACCCUUCGUCCACAGGAGGAAUUGUGUGGUGUCACGUCCUGCCCAGUAUGAAGAAAGGUCAGAUCAUCACCAUCAGUCGUCAGCUGUCCAGAGACGGACCCUUCAGAACUUACAGAGACCUGCAGAACCACUGGAACCGGCUGUAUGGUUACAGACUGCCUGAGCUGGCAGAGGGAGAGGAGGUUUACUGCAGUGUUUACUUCAGACUGGUGGGAGAAAGACUCUUCACGUAUCCUCUCAGCUGUAUCCGUCUGCAGCCUGUGCAGCGCUGUCCCCGGGUCGACCUGCAGGGAGUGCUAGCCUCUUUCCUGUCUGACAUCAGGGAGCGAUUGAAGAGUGUGUGUGGUUUCCCUGCUCACCUGACCAGGAAACCCCGUUACUGCACGACGACUCUGAACAGUCCUGCAUCGUCACAACAGCAGGUGCUGAGUGGUGAACAGGUCAACCUCACGUCCACUAGGCAUGUCCUCACCCACCCCACCCCCCCUCCUCCUCCUCCUGUGAGGUCACAGCCUCCAGUCUGGUCUCCUCUCUCCCAGCAGGACAGAGCUGGGGGGAUUCUGGGUAGUUUCACCGGUCUGACUCAAAGUGGAGGACUGGGAGUCUGGCCUUCAUCCUCCCGCUCCUCCUCCUCCUCGUCCUCUUGUUUUUAUUCCUCACAAGUGUCCUUUUUCUUUUCAGAUUCAGUGACUCCUGAAUCAGCUCCUUCCCUCUCCUCCAUUCCCUCCUCCUCUUUACCACCUUUCCUCCCAGCUUCAUCACUCUUGACUGCCACCUCCUCCUCUUCCUCCUUUCUUCCAUUCUUCCAGCCAGCUUCAUCCCUCACCUCCUCCUCUCUCCUCCCUCCUCCUCCUCUGCCUCCUCCUAAACUGGUUCCCAUCUUCAAGAACAAACAUCCUUCUCGUCAUGUUAACGUCGCCCUGCUUCGCACUCAGAAGCAGAGGGAGCAUCAGAACAGAGGAGGUAGAGGAGAAGGAGAGGAGAAGAGGAUGACACUACCUGCCUUCAGGAACAACACACCUGCUCCUCCUCCUCCUGGUGUGUCUCAUCCACUCCAUCCUCCACCAAUCAUCCCGAACUUCCAGCGUUGCCCAAAACCUCUCAGCAGCAGCAACAGCACCACCUAUCCUCCUCCUCCUCAGCCUUCAGCUCACCCCACAGUCAAGACCAUAUCCAGCCUCAGUCCCAAACCUGGACUCGUCCUCACUCCAGAGAUGGAGAUGAAGCUCAAAUCCAAGUCCUCCAAACCCAGUGUGAAGUUCAGCUCUGAUUCCAGCCGUAAACAAACAAAGCAAGAAGCUCCUGAAAUGAAGCCUCCGCGACCUCCGACCUCAUCUGACAUCGCCAACAAGGACAUGCCCCUCAGCAGCAGAGCGGUGAAGAAAAACAGAGCAGCAGCAGCAGCAGUGAGAGACGUGGAGAAAAUGGCCAGAAACAACCAGUUGUCUAAGCUGAAAACUCUGACUCUGCUGACCUGGCUCAAAGGACGAGGAGUGAUCGUCAGCACCAAACACAAGAAGGAGGAGCUAAUGCUGAAGGUCAUGGCCUGUUUGGCCGAAGCCUGACACACACACACACACACACACACAAGAACACACACGACAUUGUUGAGUCAGAUCCACAGGAUGUGACGCAGUUUUUCUUUCUUUGAAUGUGAAGCAUCACUUUGUUCAGGUUCAACAGUUCUGUUCUCUGGAGUUAUAUAUGAAUAGAUAUUUAUAUAUAUAAUAAAACACAAUUUUAAAGCUUUCAUAUGAACAUUUAAUAUAAAUGAUCCGUUUCCUAUGACAGAUAUAGUAUUUGUUUUUGUUUAAAUUAUAUUUAUGUAUAUAUAUAUAUAUUUAUAUAUAUGUAUACAUAUAUGUAUACAUAUAUAUAUUAUUUAAUGAUAUUGUUGUUGUUUUUAUGCCCUGAUGAAAGACAAAGGUGUCAACAUCUCAAAGAUUGAAAUGAAUUCAAACCAACGUUGACAAGUUUUUGUGGGAUUUUGUUCAAAAGAACUUAAGUUUGCUGAGUUUAAGUUUCUCUAACAGGUUUAGUUUUUACAGUGUUUGUCCUCACAUCCUGAUUAAAAUACACGUACACUGUAAAAAACACACAACCAGAGCUGGG